AUAUGGCGCUGGUUUGACGGACACCUGCUAUUGGAUGCAUAUUUUGACUUUUUAAGAACGAAAAUGAACUUAAGAAUUCAAAAAUGAAAGGUAAAAUGAUUAAUUUUUUAGACAAUGACUUUAAAAGUAGUGAUUUGUCAUCAAUGCACAGCUGAAAUCGGUACGAAGUCAAUAACAACAAAGGUUUGAAAUGGCUUGAAUUAACUUAGGUACUUAGAGAUUUAUAAGUGGACAAGACAGAAGACAAGAUGCCAGGGGUUAAGCCUAGUGCUUCAUUGACAUCUCUUAUGAUGGACAAACAGGAUGUGACCCUGACAUCCUUAACGCAAUAUGCCCGCAGACCAGGCGCUACGCAGUCCUCCUUGUUACAGGGUGCCAGACAAGCACCGCCAGAUGAGAAAAGAAAUGUUGACAAUGAAGACAAAAAGGCAGUACAGGCACCCAAAAAGAAACGCAAGAAAAAACAUGGAAUUACUGCCAACUUGAGUGGCACACGAUAUGAAGUCAUUCGUAUUGUAUGUGAAAAAUGCAAAUUUGAUAUUUGCAAGGAAGAUGAUCCAAACAGCUACCUCAUUUGGAGUGACAGUUUUGUGUCUGCAGAUAGAAUCACAGAAAUGAAACCAUUUCAGAGAAUCAACCACUUCCCUGGGAUGGUGGAGGUGACCAGAAAGGACUGCCUGGCUCGUAACAUGAUGAAGGUUCAAAGACACCAUGCUGAUGAGUUUAACUUUGUACCGAAGACCUGGAUUCUACCAGCAGACCACAGCAUGUUACUAAACUAUGCAAAGGACCUCAAGGCCAAGAAAAAGUACAGAACAUUCAUCGUCAAGCCAUCCAACGGGGCACAGGGACAUGGUAUACAGUUAUACAAAAAUGCUGAGAAGAUACCACCAUCUGAACAUUUUAUUGUGCAAGAAUACAUUGACAAACCCCUACUUUUGGAGGGCUACAAAUUUGAUCUGCGCAUCUAUGUACUUGUGACCUCGUGUGAUCCUUUGCGGAUUUUCAUAUUCAAUGAUGGACUUGUCAGGAUGAGUACAGACAAGUACAUUAAUCCGUCGGAUGGAAACUUGAGUAAUCUGUACAUGCAUCUGACAAAUUAUUCUGUGAACAAACACAAUGAAUACUACCAGAAGGGUGACUCUGUGGACACAGGAAGUAAGCGAUCUAUCCGAUACUUCAAUGACUAUCUACGUAAAAAUGACUAUGAUAUUGUGUUGUUAUGGCGACGUAUCUAUGAUAUGGUGGUGAAAACCUUGCUAGUGGCCCACCCCCACCUACUGCAUGCCUACCGAAUGUGUCGGCCUGGUGCUCCAGCUGGCAGUGACAGCGUUUGUUUUGAGGUGCUGGGAUUUGAUGUGCUGAUUGACAGGAAGCUAAACCCCUGGCUGUUAGAGAUCAACAGAUCCCCAAGUUUUGGUACAGAUGAAAAAAUUGACUUUGACAUAAAAUCAGCCCUCAUAGAAGAUACUAUUCGCCUGCUGAAUAUCAAGCUGAGUGAUAAGAGAAGGAACUAUUUUGCCCAGAAAGCUGAGGCCCAGAAGAGAUUAUUUCGCACGACCAAACGUAAUGAGGCUGACAUGACUGAACUAGAGAAAAAGAAGCAGAGCAUUGAAAAAAGGAGAGAGGAGCUGAAAGAGCAUUUAGCAAGAGUGAGAAAGGCCACAGCAAGAGAGGAUUUCGAAAACAGGAAUGCUGGGAGAUUUCGCAGAAUAUUUCCUUCAGAAGACAAGCUGAAGCAACAGAAAUACGUCAACAUCAUGUCUUCCAUCUUUGGAAUUGUUAUGUCUGGGCGGGCCCCUGCAAUGCAGAAAGAGAUUCAGAAAGUGUACAACAACCAAUGGAGGGAGGAGGACAUCUUGGACAUGAUUGCUGAGUGUGAGGCAGAUGAUAAAGAUGGAAAACUGACCUCUGGUGGAAGCAAGAUUCCAAGAGGACCCAAGCCUUUGUCCAGCAUGCCAAUCAGUGUCCGAAGUCCUCCUACUGAGGAUGAGUUUGAUGAGGAGGAGGAGGAAGAGGAGGCAGAGUAUACCUCACCACCAGGGUCCCCCAACAUGAACAGGCGAGAGAGCCGGCCCCCCUCCACUAAAUCUCGCCCUGGCUCUCUGCGACCAGAUAGCCGUGUCAGUAAUGAUGCUUCUAGUCUUUGUAAUUCCCGACCUAAUUCAGGCGUGUCCAGUAUGAGGUCAAGGCCGGUCAGCAAUAUGUCUGCCUUGAACUCAAGGUCAAAGUCAUUGUCUAGACUACAUGGGAAGCAGUCUGUUUUACAAAGAUCCAUCAUUGAUGAUAAUUUCCUCAUCACUGUGGUAAAAGAGCGAGAGGAUGAGUUGACAAAGAAGACUCUUCUGGCUCUGAGUGACAUGAGAAUCAAAUUCCCAGGUAAAACCGAUCAAGAGGCAGAGCUGAUCUUGGAUACGCUUCAUGAAAACUGGAAGUUCCACAAACCAAGGAUUGCUUCCUACUGGCUAGUCAAGUUGGACUCAAUUAAAAGAAGAAAGGUGAUAGAUAUAGUUCGUUCCAAUGUACGUGCUGUGCUUCAGAGAAUCUGGCGCAUCAGUGAUGUGGAUAACCUUCGGUUGUAUAGGAUUUUUACGCGUGUGUUUAAUCGUCUGCUGUGGAGUCAUGGACAGGGACUGUGGAACUGCUUCUCCACCACAAGUCAAAAUGGAAGCUGGGAGACCAUAUUUAGCAAGAGCUCUGAAAACAUUUGUGAGAAUGAGUUCAACUGUUGCAGGCGUAUUGUGCAGUUGUGUCGUGAUUGUUUGCUGAUUGUCUACCAGUUUGCUGCUGAAGCAAAGUCAUCCAGUCAGCAGAAUUCAGAGAACUCUGAGCUGAGUUCUGCUGGAACUCUGUCCUCUAGAGACAAAUCGUCCUCUACUCUAGUGGCCCCUCUCAAUACGCAGACUAUGAGCCAACGAUACUCCAAGCUAUACCCCCGGGCCGACACCACCGCCACAUGAUCAACUGACUAGCUAUUUCCUCAUUUUGUGCAAUCACUUCUCAGAACAGUUCCACAUUUAAUGACUGUUAACCACCAUGUUGUGCUUGCUAAUUGUUGGAAGUAAUUUAUUAAGCUACAUUAAUGACUUGGAAACUUUUAUCAAGAGACUGCAGGAAUUUUUAAUGCUUUGUUGUUUUUAUCUUUUUUAAAGACUUAUUUGACUAAAUUUGUCACUAAAAUUCAAAUGCUGUUGCAUUUAAGGCAUUUUAUGAUCUAUAGACAUCUCUUCUGGACUUGGAUAAGAUACCUUACAAAAUCAUUGUUAUGGUCUGUUCGUAUACCACAUGUCUUUAAGCUAUUCUUAUAGUUUGUCUUUACAGGUACAUGUACUUCAUUACAAAACAAAAAAGUAUUUACAAUUUCAUUCUGUUAUUGAUGUAAACAAUAACCUUCAUGCAUUUUAACAUAUAUAUAUGUACACAAUAUUUAAUGCAAGAAUAGAACAUAUAUAUUUAUAUGUGUAGGAUACAGUGUAAUUCAGUUUCUUUCUGUAGUACAUAAUUAAAUCUAUCAUUCAAACAUGUACAAUGGUACCUUGAUUUCCUGUUUAUGUUUUAGGUUAUAAAUUUUCUUUGGAGCUUACCAUGUAAUACAGUAGCAUUCUUAUUAAAAGUAGACGCUAAGCUCUUAUUAAUUGCCAAAAGUGUAUAAAAAUACUCUGAUGUGAAUUUCUGAUAUUUUUGUCCACUUUACACGCUGGGAGAAAACUGAAAUUUCAAACUAAAUGUGUAUAACUUUGAUAUAAAAAAUGUGUACAUGUACUUGUAAUUUAUUAGGAAUUUUGUUGCACAUGUACAUAUUUCUUGACAAAUAAGAAUGCAAACAUAAAGAUUCCUAAAUUAUUCCAAAAAUGAUUUAAAACUAGUCACUUCACUAAGGCCAAUUCAACUUAAUUGAUAGAUUAUCAUCCCAGCCCGCCCCUUAAAAAUCGGACUGCCCCAAAUUUUUUUAUUUUGCGAAACUUGCGAUUUCCAGAAAAUUUUCAUGCCCGACUCCAGUAUAGCAAAGUGAAAAGCUAUGUGAACGGUGAAGAAAAUAGAUAUAUCAUAUAUGUAUGGUUUUCUGAAUUUCUCACGUUCUAACGAGCGUAAAUCUUGAAAAGGUUUGGUAUCUUUCUGUGUUUGAAAUUAAAGCUUAACCUGGAAUCGUCUGUGAAAUAAGCAUAAAUUGAUAUCCAUCUAGCAUUUAUGGUUAAAUGACGCACUUCUGUUGACAAAAUAUUUUCUCAGAAAAUAAAAAUAAAAAAAUAAAAUCCUCCCACCCGCCCCAUACUUUUUGGUGACUGUGGAUGAUAAUCUACUAAUUAAGUUGAAUUGGCCUAAGAUACAGAAAUGUAUAUGUUCUUGUGUCUUUGUAAUAUCCCUUGUGUGGCUAACUGUGUAAGGGGAUCAGAGAAUCUUAUUUUAAUUAGAUUAGAUACAGCUAUGGACUAUUCUGUUGCAUUUUUUAAAUGUACAUUUAAGAUGCCAGGAAUAUUGGAUUCAUUCUUAUUCUACACAAGUCUGUCCAUAAUAUGAUAAAUAUACAAGUUUGGCAACAAAUUUGACAGUCUAUUAAGACAUGUUGUCCGUGUAACCUCAUCAAUUUGCAAUCAUGAGCACAAAUCACAUGCCUCUGUAAUCGUAGUUUAUAAUAUUGAUAUAAUGAAAAUAAAUAUCCAAAUUCUUUCUGAAGUAUCAACUUAGACUUACUUUAGAUUGCAACAUUUUUAGUAAAUUUUCACAGGAUCAUAUAUAAACCAUUAAAUAUUGUCUUUGUAUCUGUGUAAUAUUGUCAUGAUUUUGUUAAGUAGGAUAUGAAUUUAUGAAAUUUAACAGUAUUAAAGGGGAUUAUUCUGAUGCUGCCCAAUAACUAAUAUAUUAUUCAAAAAUAAGAUACCCGUCCUUGGUACUCCAGAUGCUGAUGAAGUGCUAUGUUUGUGCCAAUUUUAGACCUGUUGUUUUUUAACAUUUCUGAACAAGUAUAUAUAUCCAACUACAUCAAUUACAAUAUCUUAGAAAUCCUCUACACCAAAUUUGUUGUAGGUUUUUAGUGAAGUGGGCGUAUUUGUUGCCUAUAAUGUUAAUCUUUAUCAAAGAGCUGUGAUAUUCACUGUAUUUGUGAUCUUUUAAAUAUGUUUUCUGUGAGGUCUCAUUCUUUCUUAAAUAUUUUAAAAGAAGCUAUUUAUAGUAUUCUUUGCAUGCAUUUUGUGAUUUUACACAAGAUUUCAUCUAUUUAAAAGUGUUUGCAUUGUAUCAAUGUUUUGUUACUGUUUUCUGAUAGCUUGGAGAAUGUUGUCAAUGAAAGCAAAAGAUCAAAGCCAUGGUACACAAGUGUUGAAAGUGGGUGUACUUUGUUUGAAGAAUUUGGGCUCACUUUGUUUGCUUAUAUCAAACAUACUGAAUAUUUGGAUUCGUGUAUUUCCAUUGUUAAUUGUGACAUUAGUCAUACAGACUUACACCUCAUUAAUAAAUAUUUAUGACAAAUAU